GUCCGAUGUCUCUGUUCAUUGAUGCUGAAGCAAUUACACGCCUCACUGCUUCAGUUAUGAGUCAUAGCAUGCAAAUAACUUCCGCUCCUGCCGUUAGCGCGUCUGCACAGAUCUGCCGCGUGAUAGGGCGGAGGAGUUGCCAGUAAACAGCCUGAAGAGAGAGAAAAAGAAAUUUCAUUCACAUAGAAGCCGGUUAUUUUUAGGGGGGGGAGGUGACAGGCAGCAGACGCCUUUGCAAACAUUCCCACAUCGCUUUGCUCCACCUCGAAUUAACGCAGGAUGUCAGCGUAGAGCCGUGCGUAAAAGAAGCUGCGUGCGGCACCGCGGAAAGGAGACGUUUUACAGGCAAUUUCACCUCAUUUCUGGUGGGGAAAAAAAAUUCCACUCUGCUGAUUGCAAACGACGCAGCCAGUGUUCCUGAUUUCCUGCACAGACGGUCGGUGGAUUGGAUAGGACGCGCCGUUGUUGUUGCUUUUUAGGAUACAUUUGUUGUUUUUAUUGUUAUUUUUGGGGGAGCGAGCUGCCUUCAUCAGGUGCAGAGCAAAGAGAGAGAAAGAGAGAAAUCAUCAGAUCCGCCUUGCAGAGAUGGCGAAGGCAGACCAGCGUUUCGGGCAGCGGGAUGGCUCCGACCAGAACUUUGACUAUAUGUUCAAGCUCCUGAUCAUCGGGAACAGCAGCGUUGGGAAAACCUCCUUCCUGUUCCGCUACGCUGAUGACUCCUUCAGCAACUCUUUCGUCAGCACCGUGGGCAUCGACUUCAAGGUGAAGACGGUGUAUCGCAACGACAAGAGGAUCAAGCUGCAGAUCUGGGACACGGCAGGACAGGAGCGUUAUCGCACCAUCACCACGGCCUACUACCGUGGUGCCAUGGGCUUCAUCCUCAUGUAUGACAUCACCAAUGAGGAGUCCUUCAACGCCGUCCAGGACUGGGCGACUCAGAUUAAGACGUACUCAUGGGACAACGCCCAGGUAAUCAUGGUGGGCAACAAGUGCGACAUGGACGAGGAGAGAAUCGUACCUCCAGAGAAAGGAAAACACCUCGCUGAACAGUUAGGCUUUGAGUAUUACGAGGCGAGCGCCAAGGAGAACAUCAACGUCCGGCAGGUCUUCGAGCGCCUGGUGGACAUCAUCUGUGUGAAGAUGUCGGAGCGCGUGGACGUGGAAGUGCCUGUGGCCCCCGGCACCAAGACCACCAGACUGACCGACAAGCCUGCCCAGUUACCUCAGAAGUGCUGCUGAUUGUCCGUUCAUCCUUCCGCUGUCGCCUCGUCCCCGCCUCCCCCUCCAUAGCUCUCGAGAAAAAUGAAAAACAAAAAAAAAAUCGGAUUGACUAUUGCAACAUCACACUCUCUGCUUCAGUCCAUGUUUGUGAGCAGUCAAUAAUCAUUACCCCUACUGCAAUUGAUAUAGCCAGUUUCAUCCCCUUAUGUCCUGUGCCCAAGUAUCCGUGGUUGGUCCUUAUGUAGGUGAAGGAGUAAGCGUGGCAGUGAACACUGAACAAAAUUUAAUUUGGCUUGUUUCAAAAGGUUGUAGAGCCAAGCUAGAAUACAGGAGGUUAUGAGAUAACAGUUGAAAAUGAAAGCCUGGUCACACCAGAAAGUGGAAAAGCUAAGUUCAUUAUGCGUACUCGCCAAUUAGAGUGAGUUAGAAGUUUGGUGAAUAUUUGCAGCAAUUGUUGGGCACUAACUUGCUAGCUAGCGGAAAAAUGUUAGCACUAGUCAGUGGUUCUCCAAGCAGGCGAGGUUGCUGCCAAGUGCCACUUGUCAAGGUACUUAGCGUGGUUGCUAAUGGGACAAUAAGUUUGUACAUUUUAUUUGAGAGGUACUCGUAUUUCCGUCGCAGCAAACCAUUUCUCUAUUGUGGAACAGGUUAAAGUAUGAUAGAGGACGGUUAGGCUAUGUUUAAAAGAGGAUUGUGCUACAAUAACUACUUUGUUUUCAAAUUUUCAGCUCAGUUAGGAUGGCUUGCUUUUGGUCAAUGGUGCAAAUUUGUGCGUCAAAACUCGCCAAAUUUCAAACUGACAAAAAAGAUUUUUUUGAACUCACUUGAUCUUUGCGAGCAAAUCCACUGAUCGUGAUGAUUCCAUUGACAUAAACUGUUGUUAUUUAUGUAAUGCUGGUGUGACCGGGUUAACUAAAGGGUUCCUUCAAACCAUUGUUGUCUACGUUUCGAUAGCGGUCUGGAGACCUUUUGAAGAUGAGGCAAAUUAGAUGCACAACCGAACUAGAUUUUGUUGAGAGAGCACUGCUGAGCGGAGAUGGCAGUAGGGUCCACAGGUAAGCACAGCACUGCCUCUCCUCUCAAAGUGUAGCACAAUGAGAAACUCACAACACAGCGGCUCACGUUCACAGUCGUUCACCCGCGAGUCAUCCGCCAAAAAACAUCAGAUUAGGCUGCUUCUCAGAUAGCUAGUAAUAGUGAGUUCCCUCUAAUACAAUAUGCCUAUACUCUAACUAACUGUUACUGGCCUUACUUAGUGCUGUUUGUCGCUUGAAAGACGCUUUAGGGCUACACCACCAAUGCACAACUCCCAGGCAGGGCUGCAGCCACAAUCAUUAGAGGAGCGGGUCGGGUCCAAAAACAUGUCUGACAUUAAAGCGUCAUGCUGCUCUGUAAUGUUUUUAACAGCAUAAAAUUAGACAGAGAGUGCCUCUUGGUGUUCUAACAGGGUUCAUUUAGGUUAUAGUGUUGUUAUUGGAUAGAGUUGAAAGACAAAUCAUUGUACAGUAUGUAGUAAGACAAACGUAUCAUAUUAGGUUGGGUAUUGCAAACAUGGAAGGAUUACUGAAUGGGCUUAACGUGUGCCGGCCCAGGGCCGAAGAGGUCAGGGGGCCCAGAACUGACUGUUAGGCAAGUACAAUGUCUCAAAUCACAAAUGUUGACCCUUGAUUCAGGAAGGGAACACCUCCCCCCGGAAAAAAACUCUUGUUGGGAACUUAAUCCAACAUCUUCACAGACACACAAAACAACUACAAAGAGAUGCAAAAUGACUACAAAAAGAGGCAAAACAACUACAGUGACUUAAAAUGACCACAGAGACACAUAACCACCACAGAGAGACUCAAAAUGACCACAACCCCCAUCUCCCCUCCAGACUGCCAGAGACUCGACCCCAGACUGCCACUAAGAGCUGCAGCCCUGUUUCAUGGUGGCUUACAGCUUUUGCACUGGCCGACACAAUCCAGCGUCAUACUGAGGGUGUUUUAUACUCACGCACAUAUGUGAGCAGAGCUGAUGAGUGAAGAGCACAUGGUUCUCUCCUUCCCCUUUAGCAGGUGUAGUCACAUAGCCGUCGUGUUUGCUGUGUUUCCUACAUGAAUGUGUGUGUGUGUGUGUGUGUGUGUGUGUGUGUGUGUGUGUGUGUGGGUGUGUGUGUGAUUUUAGAGCCAACAUUGUGUUGCAGAUGGUUAUCAUGGUAUUUAUUGCGUGUUGAGUUGUAAUGUUUCUUUGUGUUUCUGUACAGUAUCUUUGACGGGAAUGUGAUAUUUUGAUGAUGUCAUGUCAGCUGAGAUACAGUACGUGUGUUUACGAAAGACGUCAAGAAAAAAAGGAAGACGAGGAGAAAAAAAUUGUGCAUUCAUUAUUAAAUAUUGAAGAUAGAAAAAAAACCAAGAUCCUGCCAAAUUGUUAUAUAGCUACCACAGCGCAUGUUUUUGUGUGUAACUCCACAUGUGUCUUCAUAUUGAUUAAGAGAAACGUACAAUAAUAUUGUCAUUGUCUUCAUAUGAUUAUUUUUUAAGUGAAUUUGUAAAUGAUAGAUUUAGGAAUUAUAACGGUGUUGAGUAUGAAUUUAUUUUUUAUGCUGUGUAUACCAUUGACAGAUUAUAUAGCGAGUGUAAACUUGUUGUCUUACAGUUCACUCCUGUAUGUAGGAGAAGCACAAAGUGAUUGUACAAUAUAUUGUGAAUGUUUGUAUAUUAUAGAUGCAAUUUAGGAUAAUAAAAAUCACAAUCUUUAAAUCAUAA